GUUGUGUUUCUGCUAUCUUGAAGUAGGUCACGUACACAGUGCUGCAUUUGUCAUAAGUGACAGCCCUAUUAAUCAUGGAAGGGGCAGUGUCAAUGCCCAAUGGCUUUGCUCUGCAGAUGAUGGCUCUGGCUCUGGUUUAAGAUACUCAGCAGGACCUGCAUCAGCAAUCAGCCAGUUUGCACUCCAGGCACUAACACAUUUGGGUUCCCAGGCCAAUAUCAAUAUUGACAGUGGGGGGACGUCCUGUGGCCCAGGCCCGCAGCUUCCAGAGCAGGCUGGUUUUCCAACAGUCCCUGCUUUGUGUUUCUACCCACUGCGCCAGCCAUCACACUGCAACUUCUCCAUAAGACUUAUUUCUGAGCUCUCACUAUGAUGAUGAAAAUGCCGUUGAGGGUCCAUCUCAUUGCAGCUCUGCUAAUAUGCUACGUUCUGUUAAUUUGUGCUUUGGAGCAUGAAGGAGGGAAAGGUGAAGAAUUGCAAAGCCCCGAAAAGGAUGUUGGCAACAGCAUCAAGGUGAGAAGAAAUGACACAACGGCAAAUGAUGGGAAACCUAAGGCUAUAACUCCAAGAAAGAAGGUCAAGAAGACUGGAAGUAAAAAAGCUUCAGUGGGAUCAAGAAGUGACAUCAGCUGCACCAAACUGGGAGGCAUCUGCCAGCCUAGCCGAUACAUCUGCCAAGGCAGAUACUUAAAAGACAAGUGUUCGGGUGCGAAGACGCGGCAGUGUUGUAUGCCAGUUGGAGCCUGGAACAUCCUUUGUGCUGGACACCACAACAACAGAGUGAGGGCGUGUGAUGUGCAUGGCUGUGGAGCUUUCAACUCCAGAAGAGUUAAUGGCCUACAUAAAGCUGUGGACUUGGUGUGUGAUGACUAUGGCAUUGUCAACACUCCAUUCUCAGGAUCUCUGGCGGGUCCAGUGAGUCGGAAAGACCCUGCUGGGAAUCAGUAUGAUGGGGUCAAACUUCUUAAUGAUGUGCACUGUGUUAAGAUCUUCAACAUCCGUCCUUAUCGUUACAUCGGCCCGGUGUCUCAGGGAGAAGCUUUGGGUUAUCUGUUGCCACUGCAGGACCGCUUCUCUGGCAUCACAUCACACCUGGAGCUGCAAAUGUGUGACGGCACUGACCCUUCACCUUUUAUAUAACUUCCCACCCCUUAUUUUUUAUACCAUUGUUACGUUUCAUAUGACCUCUCAGCACUGAAAUUACCUGUAAGUCAUCACCUUUAAUACAAAGUGACUUUCAUCUUUUAUGCAAUCUGUAACCUCUCACCUUUUGACCCA